UUGAACCUGAUGAGCAACAAAAUGCGAAUCCAACCAUUUCGCAUUUUGUCGCUCAUCAGGUUUAAUCAAUACAAUGACGUGAACUGUAUGGUAGGCAGCCUGUAUUUCUGACUAAACUAUGCUGGUUUGAUGACAAAGGAGGGUAAACAAUGAGGAAUCUGAGAUGUUUGCAACUAGCAAUGAUCUCAUUGCUGCUAAGUCUGACUAAAGCGCACACUGAGCAUCUCCAAGCUGAGAACCUCCAUCUUCUGCUACCAGAGGAGCACAAGUUAGUCCUCAACCUUGGAAUGGAAGUGCUGCCCAGAGACUGCCAUGAAAUGCUGAUGACUUCUGCUGGUAAGGCCAGAGACGGGGUGUACCAGAUCCGGCCAGGUGAUUCCCCAAUCUUGGCCUACUGUGCCAUGCAGGAGGGUGGCUGGACCGUGGUGCAACACAUCACUGUCAAUAGUAGUGUGGAUUUUGAUCGAACCUGGAAUGAGUUUAAGCAAGGAUUUGGGUCCCUCACUGGAGAUCACUGGCUGGGGAAUGAAUACCUCCACCAGCUUACCAUGGGCCCCGGACACUAUAAGCUAGGUGUGAAACUGGUGGACAAAGACGCCGUCACCAAGAUGGGCGAAUAUGACCCAUUCUUGGUGGAGGAUGAGGGAUCAGCCUACAGACUGAGACUUGGACUCUUCCAAGGUACAGCCGUAGAUGCCCUCACUCAGGACACGGAGAAUUAUCUGCAUGACAACCAAAAAUUUACCACCAAGGACCGCGACAAUGACAACUACUUCCAAAACUGUGCCAAACUGGAGUUCCAGGGGGUGGCAGGAGGUGGCUGGUGGUAUGAUGCCUGUGCCGGUGCCAACCUCAACCGCAGGAAUGUCAUCUACUGGCAAAAAGACUGUAACAAGGAGCACCUGUGCAAGUAUGCCUGGAUGAUGGUGAGGCCCUCCGAGACAGUUAAACUGAUCCACACCGGUGAGUGCAAGAAGGAUGAGCUAUGAGGACAGUGUAUGAGGAGGAAUUUGCAACGCUGCACAAAGGACUGAUGUCGGGUUUACAGCGUUCAUGCUCAACAUUCACCUCAGCACAUUUUAUUCAGAAAUGCAUGGUCAUGAUCACAAAAUACAAUAAAGAAAACAAGAAUCAUCUGACUCAUCACAAACUUUUUCAAAAUAUAAAAAUGCAGUACUGUAACGUCUUUUCUGGUUCUUUUUUCACCUUAGAUCAUAUCACUACAUAUACAGUGAAUCACCUCUCUCAUUCCCCAACAAGUGCAGAUAUCUGUUAUCACAGUUACAAAAAAAGGGUUUCACAACAUCAUAGCUUAUUACACAUGUAAGAUGUCUUUUGCAGAUUCACUCCCAUUCAAUUCUCAUCAAAGUUUGAAGUAAACAAAGAUGACAGAAACAACAAACAGCAUCUAACAAACAGCAUCUUUGCUACAGUAGGUUACAGAUUAGUAAGAAAUACACAUGAAUAUGAUGAGAUAUUGAUUCAGCCAAACCAGGGAACAUAAAUAUUGCAUUGCAAUGCUUACAGAAAAAAAAAUAUAUAUCCUGAGGAUGAAGAGAACUAAACUGAUACAGUAGAACGAGUGCCCAUAUACCAUUCUCUUUCAUUCACCAUGAAUGUAAACAUUCCUAAAUUUAUGGUGAAAUUACUGAGAUUAUGAUAGGACAAUUUAAGAUUGUAUUUGAACCAGAUCGAUCUGAAGGCAGAGGGAUUUAUUAUUGUCCAGAAUAUUACGUAUGGAAUCAAUCCCUUGCUUGAAUUAUUUUUGGUUUCCGGCUGUGUUUGGCUCAGCAACGGCAAAGUAUUUGGUGAUUUUUUUUGGGGGGGGGGGUUCCCCCCCACUUUUCUCCCCAGCUGUAUUUGGCCAAUUACCCCACUCUUCUCAGCCUUCCCGGUCGCUGCUCCACCCUCUCUGCUGAUUCGGGGGGGGGGGGGCUGCAGACUACCACAUGCUUCCUCCAAUACACGUGGAGUCGCCAGCCACUUCUUUUCACCUGACAGUGAGGAGUUUCACCAGGGGGACGUAGUGCGUGGGAGGAUCACACUAUUCCCCCCAGUUCCCCCUCUCCUCUGAACAGGCACCCUGAGUGACCAGAGGAGGCGGUAGUGCAGCAACCAGGACACAUACCCACAUCAGGCUUCCCACCCACAGACACGGCCAAUUGUGUCUGUAGGGACGCCUGACCAAGCCAGAGGUAACAUGGCGAUUUGAACCGGCAAUCCCUGUGUUAGUAAGCAAUGGAAUAGACCGCCUGGCCACCCGGACGCCCAUCCAUCCAUCCAUUAUCCAAACCACUUAUCUUGUUCUCAGGGUUGCGGGGAUACUGGAGCCUAUCCCAGCAGUCAUUGGGCGGCAGGCGGGGAGACACUCUGGACAGGCCGCCAGGCAAUCACAGGGCACCUGGACGCCCCAUUUGGUGAAAACUUGAUGUGAAUGAGGCUGAGCAUGGUGUCUGAUCUUUUUUUUUUGUAUCUAAUAAAUGUGAAUGGCACAUGUGAAAAGGCUUGGAUUAUUAUCAGAGUUACAAUCUUUACAUAGCAAGCAGACUCUGACAACGAGACAACAUUUAUAUAGCCCUUUUAACAAAAAAUAGCAAUACCAAAAUGUGCAUCUUCAAUACAAACACGAUACCUACAGUUUGAGAUAAUCUGUUACUGUAUUACAUCUCGUGUGUAAGAGCAUCAGGUUUUGGGGAAGAAACGUUGAUGUUAUAAUGUUGAACCAAUGUACACUGACAAUGUUUAUAUUCAUAAAAGUUCAGAAUGAUUUCCCAUUUUUUUCCAUUUAAGUGUAAUAAGUGUACAGAAUUUCGAUUUCUAUGGA